UUUGCUUUUUAAGUGUUCUGUUUUAUAUAGUAUUGUCACGAUAGCUCUUGCUUGAUAUGGAACAUUGUUCGACUCAUUGGAGUGUGUUAGGUGGCGCAGAAUGAGUUAUGAAUCAUUGUUGAGCUUGCUUAGUUUACAUGAGUUCGUUUUGUUCCGCACGUUUAUGUAGUAUAGUACUGGGAUAACUUCUCCUAAAUGUCUAGGAAAUAACUGAACCCUUUUACGUUGGGUGAGUUAUGUGAGUAUUAACCAAUGCAUGAGGUACUAUCUUAUGAGAGUCUUAAAAGUCAAAACUCAAAAGCAUGUGCAGUGAUGAGCGCUCAAUGGCAUAUGGAUUAUGGAUGCAUAAAAAUCAGUGAAUUAUGCAUCUUUAGGAUUUUUUACAAAAUAAACUUUGAUAUUUUUCUUGCUUCUUGAGUCCUUGACAUGAUUAUCCAACAUUUCAUUUUCAUUUCCAUUUGAUGGAUUCUGUUUUCUGGAGAUUUAUUCAUGAAAGAUUGUCAUCACUUAUUUGGGACCAAACGGAAGAUUGUGGAUUGGAGGCUUGAGCUCAAGGGUUCGCACCUUCUUUUGGGUGUUGGACCUCAUACCAAUCUUAGAGAAAGACCUUUGACCAGAAGACAAAUUAUUGGACUUCGUAUCGUCCCUAAUUUCUGAUCAUCCGACUUCAACGGAGCUCAUUGACCAAUCAUAGCUGCCACUUGACGUUGAUAUGGCCCCUACAUAUCACUAACCUCGGACCAAUUGUCUUAAGGCCUGACCUCUCCAUAUUGUCAGCCACGAGUCCGUCGCUAAGUUGGACCUCAGCCUCCAUAUAGCAUUGACCCCAUAGCCUGCCCCUUAUUUGGUCGGCCUCAGAUGACCACUAACAGUUUGCUGUGAUGGACCUCAGAACACUCCUCACCUGUGUAAAGGGACUCGUUGCAUUGUCCAAGGAAUGAAUCGAUUCUUGUCUACACAAACAUUACAAACCUAUAGCCAUUGGUCACUUGCUACUCUUACCCUCCCUCUCUAGCUCUUCCUUGGCUUUCUCCUCUACAAACUCCCGCGGUCGUUGUUCUUCAGGGUCAUCAUUCCUCUGUAGCCCACAAGACACAGUCGUGCAGAGGAAGUGGCUAGCCAUGAGGAUGACCAUGACAUGGACGUCGAUACAGCAACAUCUACAAUCCAAGCUUCUGUGAAACACUCCUCGCCUGAGCUUGAGAUUUACUGCUACCUACUUGUGCUAAUAUAUUUAAUUGAUCAGAAACGGUACAAUGAGGCUAAAGCAUGUUCCUCAGCAAGUAUUACCCGUCUGAAGAACCUGAAUAGGCGAACCAUUGAUGUUCUAGCUGCCAGGCUCUACUUCUAUUACUCUCUCAGCUAUGAGCUCACUGGUGAUCUUUCUGAUAUUCGAGGUACUCUUCUUUCUUUGCACCGAAUUGCUACAUUGCGCCAUGACGAGUUGGGUCAGGAAACACUUCUUAACCUGCUACUUCGGAAUUACCUCCAUUACAACUUGUACGAUCAAGCAGAGAAGCUGAGGUCUAAGGCACCUCGUUUUGAAGCUCGCUCAAACCAGCAGUUCUGCAGGUAUCUUUUUUAUCUAGGAAAGAUUAGGACAAUACAGUUGGAAUAUACAGAUGCAAAAGAGUCACUUCUGCAAGCUUCUCGGAAAGCCCCUGCUUCGGCUCUUGGAUUUCGAGUGCAAUGCAAUAAAUGGGCCGUGAUAGUACGUCUUCUGCUUGGAGAAAUUCCUGAGAGGACGGUUUUUAUGCAGAAGGGCAUGGAGAAGGCUUUGAGGCCCUACUUUGAGCUUACAAAUGCUGUUCGAAUUGGAGAUCUGGAUCUGUUCAAAAACGUUGCUGAGAAGUUCUCCGCUACUUUUACUUCAGACGGGACCCACAAUUUAAUUGUUAGGCUCCAUCAUAAUGUAAUAAGAACAGGGUUACGCAACAUCAAUAUCUCUUAUUCUCGUAUCUCACUUGCUGAUGUAGCCAAGAAGCUGAGAUUAGAUUCCCCCAAUCCUGUUGCUGAUGCUGAGAGUAUUGUAUCCAAGGCAAUAAGGGACAGUGCAAUUGACGCCACCUUGGAUCAUGCAAAUGGGUGGAUGGUAUCCAAGGAGACUGGGGAUAUUUACUCUACAAAUGAGCCUCAAACUGCAUUCAACUCGAGGAUUGCUUUCUGCCUCAAUAUGCAUAACGAAGCUGUUCGCGCUCUUCGGUUUCCUCCAAAUUCCGACAAAGAGAAAGAAAGUGCUGAGAAGAGGAGAGAGAGGCAACAACAGGAGCAAGAGCUCGCAAAGCACAUAGCUGAGGAGGAGGAUGAUGAUUUCUGAUCGACCAAUGAUUUCUGAUCGACCAAUGAUUUCUUCGGCUUUUGCGCUUCUGCGUCCUUAGCUUUUGGUGUUGGGGAUUUCUGUUCUCGUUCUUUAAAGAUUAUUGUCUGGGUUUCAUCCCGACCUUGCGCUUCGUUUUUCUCUCCUGAAAAUUUCCACGUUUCGACAGCAUUAUGUUGAGGAUACAAUUCAGGGAAGUACUCAUUUCUGUCAUCAAGUCCAUUGGACAGAUGCAGAUAGAUUCCUCUGAUGCAGUGGUGAACGAACUGCUAAAGCUGAUAGAUGUCUUUCCAUGAUUUGGUUAGCGAAAACUCUUCGGUCCCAGAAUUUGUACUAAAAAAUGCUUCCCGAAUAAAUGGUUAGGAUUCACUUAUGCGUGUGGGGUUGCAAAUCCAAGUGAAUCAUUACCUUUAAUUUUGAAUAUGGUAUUUAGAUACUAAUAGGUAUCGAAAAUUUGGAAUA